CCUGCCGUAAAGCGAGACGGGGAAGAUGGCUGCGCGCUGGGCGCUCGGUGUGGGUAGUGCCUGGGCGCGCGGCCUCCUCAGCAGGACGCAGCCGGAGAGGUGGCUGGCAUCCAGUAGCCUUCUUCCUUUGUCAUGCAUCCACACAAGUACAUAUCUGCAGAAAUCUGCAAAAUGGGAGAAAAAGAACAGGAUUGUUUACCCUCCCCAGCUUCCUGGAGAGCCUCGCAGACCAGCUGAAGUGUAUCACUGUCGGAGGGAUAUAAAAUACAGCCAUGAAAAGAUGUGGUAUCUGGCAACACUGAUAAAAGGAAUGUCCAUUGAUCAGGCUCUUGCUCAGCUGGAAUUCAGUGAUAAAAAGGGAGCAAAAGUGAUCAAAGAGGUUCUGUUGGAAGCACAGGAAAUGGCAGUAAGGAAUCACAAUGUUGAGUUCAAAUCAAAUUUGCAUAUAGCUGUGUCAGCCACGGGCAGAGGCCACUAUGUGAAGCGGAUCCGUUACCAUGGCAAGGGCAUGUUUGGCAUCAUGAAGAUCUCCAGGUGCCAUUACUUUGUGAAGCUGGUGGAAGGUCCUCCUCCUCCUCCAGAGCCACCAAAGACUGGUUUUGACCAAGCAAAAGAAUAUUUGCAGCAGCUGCGAAGCAGAACCCUCGUUCAUACUCUGUGACAAACUCUUGUGGCUAUAUAGGUAUCUCUUGUUUGACAAUGUAAAUGUAUAACAGAAAAAUUCAAAUCAUGGUUUUAGUUAUGUUUUUGAUUAUACAAGAAUCAUCAUAGACUUUUUGCUUGGGUGUCAAGCCAUGGGUUUGGAAGAAUCUUGGAAAGGCAGCAUCAGAUGUUACUUUUGCUGAGAUAUUUGGACCACAGCAUUCCAGCUCUACCCUGGACUAUCAAAUCUAGAACACAUGGUGCCAUUGUAAAGCUUGUAAGCAACUGCAGUUGUCCUCAGAUUCACACAGCUGUCUCUUACCUAUGGUUGGGUCCUCUGUUGUAAAAAUGUGCUUGACAGUCGUGCUGCAAAGUCAAGACCUGGACUAGAACUUGAUACCUCAAAGUAGCUACAACGGUGUAACAAAACAAGUAACAAUAAGAGCUGAGAUUUUCAGGCACCAGUUUAUGCUUUCUUUUUCUGUCGUGCUCUUUCCUUACAGCCUUCUGUUGUGCGUCUUGGGCAUCGUGUCUGGGAGUGGGGAACAGAAACUGCAUUUGAAGUUCAUGUUUUGGCAGUCGGUAGGUGGCGAUGUUUAGUUUGCCAGAGGGAAGCAGCAGUGAAAACUCCCAGCCUGUAGAAACUCUUCUUGAUUCUGACCAUGGCAUUAAUAGUCAUAAAUGUGUGCAAGGAGUCCAGGCUCCUCUCUGGAAGCUCAGUAUGGGCAACAGGCACAACAUGGACAAAAGCUUCUCUUGGUGAAGAGUGAACCAGCUAAUCUCCACUGUCUGGAAACAGACUGCUUUUAUAAUGUGGAAGGAAGUAAAAUGCUGUGUGGUUUUAAUAUGGAAUGGCUUGUUGCAUACACAAAUCAGACUUUCAGUUCUCUGAAAACAAUCCCAUUUUGAAGACAAAAAGACUGAGGUUAGUAAGGGGAAUCUCAUUUCACUCAGGCAGAUUUUCAACUCGGCCAGAGAUCAUGAACAUCAACAUAAAAAGAGAAUCAGCAGUUGCUUGUUUAUGCAAAUGACUGAUACUUAGACCUUUCUUUUCUAUUCUGGGAAUGUUAGAAUGGAUUCUAGAGACAGAUUGCUUACUUCAUUUGGGUCUUCUUACUACACCAGCUAGCAGAAGCUUUUCUUACAUGUCUUUGCUUUGAUCAGUACUUGAGUGAUGGUGAAGGGACAGUUUCUAUAAAGAAACAAAUUGCUUUGUUGACUGAAUGAAGGUGAUCCAGCUGUUUCCUUUGGCUGCCAAAUAAAGGGUCUGCUAAUGU